UCUCUGCUUUUCUUUGCUUGGAAUAGUCGUGCAGUUCCUCGAUCUAUCAAGCGGAAACAAGGAAUAUGCUGCAACCUCGUUUAGCACGCAGAGAAGGAAGAGAAGAUUGUAACAUUUGUGUCUCCGAACCCAGGACAUCCGUGCAUCAGUGUCCUUGCCACGACAGUCGAAAAACGAUGGCGCUAGCGUUGAUCGUUGUGUUAGCAGUCAUUGGGGCACCAUUGGGGGCUACACAAACAGCCGGUGACUCAUUCAUAGUGAGGCCUACUCCAGCGCUACGGCCGGCAGUGGCAGAUGAACUGACCACCGUGCUCCUGGUUAAUAAUGGUAAUGGGGCUGGACGUGUGGGGGACAUCCAUGGCCGGUUCUUGACAGUUCGUCCAGAAGUUGGACUUUUGACUUCCACAGCUCGCACAUUUAUCCAGGAGGGUACCACAACUGAAUUCGCCACUCAGGUUUUGGGCACCACACUGGAGAAUGGCCGCCUUUACGCCCAAUACUUAAAGAAAAGUUCUAGAGUACUUUAUGAGAAUGCAAAUAGUAAUAUACAUGUGGCACCUUCUGUAGUUACAAGCUGGGUGGGUGAUAGUACAAACUUGCACACUCGAGCGUUCCUACAAAGCCACAAUGAUUUGCUCAAUGCGGAUGCCCCAGAUUGGCAGGAUAUUGACGAUCGACUAGGUGGUUCAAGCACCAGCCGUAGCCAUGACAAAUUUGUGGGUAAUACUGAUUUCGUUAGUUUUCAAAGCGCGUCUCCUACAAUAGGGCUAGAAGCAGCAUCCUCCACUAAUUCGGAUCACGAGUCGCCUUCUAAAAAUGUUCCCAUUGUAAACGUCUUUCCGGAUCGUUUUGGCAAUUUGGAGAACAAUGCUCGUAAAUUGGCUGCCCAAAAAGUAUUGCCAAUCGGUGAUUUGCCAACCUUCACAAUCAAGACACAUUUUGAGCCCAGUGCGUACCAACUGGAUGACGAUAACAGUAUGAGUCAGGAAGAGCAGCGACAACACGCGAGUUAUUUAGGAUUAGACGAUGGACGUUCGCCAAAGGUUUUUUAUCAACACCUGAUGGAAGGGCAGAACCAUGAUAAUGUAAAGAUGCCGGCGGAACAGUCUCUGUCUAAAGAAACAGUACUGCCCAAGAGAACGUUGGCUACAGUAACUUACUAUGGAUUCGCGGAUUUUACCACCCUUGUAGGAGAUAGCGUGAUUGUGUUUUCGCCAAAUACCCUAGAGACUAGUCCAAAUUUUGGACACGUUACAUCCAUUAAAGGCAAGGCUACUCUAAGUACGCUAGAGAGCCGCUCGGGGUCAAACAUUGCUCCUCAAUCUUCAAUCACUAUAGGCAUGCAGAAGGCGGAAAUUGUAUCGACACAAAUUAAUCCUUGGGCUAUCGGCUUAGAUGUAAAUACUAGCGAAAUACCAAACAACCCACCCUCAGCGGUACAGUCAAUGACGCCGGAGCUAAAAAUGUCACAGGGUAGCAUUAUAUCGACGGCAAGUGGGAGCUCUAUUGGCAACAUUAUUACAACUGAACAGGUUGCACCAAAAAAAACGGAGCUCAGUGAGACAAAUCCAACCUUCUCGUUGCCAACAGACCAAGAAAUUUCUGAAAUAUAUGCAUCACUGGCCAAAGCUCAAGAUAAGGCUGCAACGCCAUCUUCGAUUUCUGAAGCAUCCUCUGAAAUAGUAUUUGACACCAAAACGCUUAAAGCUAAGUCAAGUGUUCAGGUACUUGGCGGAGCGACAACGGUAUUUAUUGAUGAUGAUCCCUUUGCCAAUUUCGUAGAGUCAAUUGCGCCUUCUACAUCAACUUCGUCUGUCCUGCUAUCAACAUCUGCGCCAUCAACUCUGAUCAAUUACGAAUCUGCAACUGAAGAGGCGGUUACUCUGGGUCCCGAACCACUUGAUAUAUCCACCUUACCGCCUCCAGGUAGUACAGACGAAGAGGAAACCACUAUUCCGUCUGUAACUGAAGAUCUUACAGGAAUUAUUGACUCUCAGAAAUUACAAGAAACAUUUGGUGGAAAAAUUGAAAAUUGCAAAAACACCACGUCGCAAGUGUUUUUAACCCAAGUCCCCAAAUCAGGUGUAAUCGAAGAUCUCAGUACACAGUUUCAAAAUGAUGCAAGUUUACUUGCCGCCUUUGACAUUGUUCAAACAACCAAAUAUUAUUGCAUUGACACUACGGUGAUGCACGUUGAGCCCCAACAAGUGGAAAAACCGGAAAAUGAUAUUAUUAUGGCAACGAGUAGUCUUUAUAUUCCAAUUACAACGGACUCAACACCAAGUACAGAGGCUCAAGACGUAGACGAAACAACGACAGAGGACUCAAGCUCAUUAUUAGAAACCCAUACCGAGCCUAAUUUGGUGGAAAUGCCAGUUAAAGAAGGACCUACGGUUCCUAAAUUAGACGAAGCGUCAAGUAGUGAAAAUGACAGCGAUGAAAGGGAGACCGAAAAGGAUAGUGAAGAUUACGAUGCAGACACUGAAUCGGAUGAAGUUGAUUUAAUUUACAAAACUCUAUACACCACCUACACGUACCUUACUACAUUCUUCCAAGCUGAGUCCUCCACGGUUUCGAGUCACACUGAGAUAGUCACAAACGUGAUCACAUCAACGGUUGGCACUAGUGAAGAUGUCGACGUUAAGCCAACUGCUAUAGUGGCCCAAAUUGGCGACAACGAAAUAACAGCCACACAAACUCUUCAAGGGGACUCGAGUGCUAAGACAUCAACUAUUACAACCAAGUACACGAUUCCGGAAGAGCUCGAAAGUUUGUUGCACGUCGACUCGCAAUCAGCCAAUCGUAACUCUAAUACCGAAACAAUAAGUCAUAGCGAGGCUACGGUUUAUCUGGACGAUGCAAAAUAUACAAAAACAUUUUUUACAACUUACACUUACUACACUACCAUAUUUGCUGAUAGUGACACGGAAAUAAUGUCACGUACUGAGGUGCUUACAAACUAUGUUACUGAAUCGGCAGGCAAGACAAGUCUCUCGGCAUCAAUUCUAAAUUCAGAUCUCGUGGACGGACAGAAAGUUGUUCCCAGCCCAAUUAGCACUUUGGCAACUGCGUCAAGUGACGAACUCCACAAUAUUUCAAAGGUUGAUGAAGAACGUGUUACUCUAGUGACUGACGUAAGAUCAAGUAGUUCUAACGGGGAGCAGCAAGUAAUUGGAAAAGGACUUCGGGACCCCUUUGACGAUCAAGUAAGUUCAGAAAGCAACACUGACGAGAUAAUUCCGUCGGCCACCCUGCUCCUUCAAACGAGCUUCACGACUUUCACAUUCUAUACAACAAUGUAUUCUGGUGAUAUUACGAAUGUGGUAAGUCGACUUGAAACAGUUACUAAUGUAGCUACCGAAACACUUCAGCCCACUAAAACGUUAGCCGGUAGUGUGGACGAAGCGACAUUGCCCAUUACAUAUUUCACAACAUUUACAUAUUGGACCAAGUUGGCUAAAGAUGGAGAAAUUACCACUCUAAGCAGGGAGGAGACGAUUUCUAAUGUGAUUGGACCUACACAGGAAGCCUCAUCUUCGACAUAUGAUUAUGCCCCCAUAAUGACAAUCACCGAUAGUGCAGAAAACCACUUUGCUAUAACACCCGAAACAAGUGGGGAAACCAAUGCGACAGUUAAAAGCUUGCCUGAUCUUACCACAUAUUAUACCACUUAUACCUACUAUACAACAUCAUAUGAGGCUAAUAAUACUGUCACGGACUCCCGCUUCGAAACAGUGACAAAUGUGGUUACGCCUACAAGCACGGUGGCUACAUCCUUGCCAGCAUUGGAUGAGCUUGAUGCAAAAAAAGAUCUCAGUCAGACUGUAACUAAGAUCCAUGGAUUGGGUGAAAUCAAUACACCAGAUUUAGUUCUAUAUGACUAUAAGCAUAUAGUCGACGCGGAUGGUGUGAGCACUUUGUAUUUUACAACACAAAUUGUUUCUUCAGUUAAUAUUGAAGGUGCUGCCAUAGCCGUUACUAGCAGUACUUCCAGCUUGUAUAUAGAUGAAGCCAAAAAGUUAAGCAUAUCUACAUUGUCGGCAAGUGAGGCGACUGACGAAAACGGGUCAGUCUCCCGCCAAUACAAAACUGGAUUAGUCAGGCUAAUUGAAGGCACACGAAUCGGGAACAGUACCACUACUCUUUACCAGUCUAAGGUAAUUGGUACUUUGAUAGAUGAUAGGUACGCUCAGAUUAUUGAGAGUACGUCGAGCUUCCUUUUCGAAAAAACAGUUGGGCCGACAGAGAUUGUGGCCACACCAACCCUUGGGCCUAUUAUUUCAACACAGGAGUUUACAGAUGCAGCCAGCAUUAGCGAAAGCGGCGAUUCUACCAUUAGCGAUACGGAGACAACGACAGAGAGUAAUACGGAUGGGAAUGAUGAUACGGAGAUCCAAGACACGCUUCAAUCUAAAAAGCGGACAUUUGCCCCAGUAAUCAGACCAUUUGCGUCUCGCAAUAGGCCCACAUUUGCACCAAAACAAAAGAUUAUAACACCUAGUAGCGCAACUAUUAUAACUAGAUCGGAUAUUACACCGACAAUAACUGCGACCCCUGCUCUUAAAACAAUAGGCAGAUAUAGUUCAUCGAAAAGGGGACCAAUUUCAAACGCACCCAUCAACCCGAAUGACUCCAGCACGUCAAGACGUAGCUUUGGACGCCCGAUCAAACCAUCAAGUAGUUCUGCCUUAAGCGAAGUAAGCAAUAGCUCUGUAUUUGCGCCUUCAAGAAACCGCUUUGCAUCGUCUUCACGCUCCGGUCCAUUAUUAAGUUCCAGACGACUUGGCGCAAGUGCUUCAUAUCGACCAUCAAACGGUCCUGGCUUUCGAGCUUCCGCCCUAAACACUCUAAACUCCAAACUGCGCAUUAAGCCAACGGCGGCAUUAUCUUCUUCAUUGGGACAGUCUACAACGAAUACGGUGGCACCAGCCAAUCCAGAUAGUAGCAGUGAGAGCGAACAUUCAACAGAGACGCCACAAACUACCGAUGAAGACGAAACUCUGUUGGAAAAUUCUCGACGUAAUCAGAACCCUUUAUUGCGUUUCCGUCGGCCUUUGAAUAGACCCAGUGGAUUUACACCAAUACCACGUCCAAAUGCCGGCACCAGCAACUCGCCCACCAUUUCGCCUAGGAGGAACCCACUAUCGGGACGGGCAAAAACUUCAGCGACAACAACGACUACCACCACAACCACAGUCAAACCACGUCCCAGAAGCUUCCAGCGUCCCACAAUAAGCAGUCUACAAGGACGUUCAAGGCCACAAAAUAAUCUAUUUCCACCACGCGGUCUAUUUCAAGCACAGCAACAAAAAACUGAAGCUCCACCGGAAGUUAAACAAGCUGAGGCUGAAGCGGAAAAUGAUUCCGAAUAUGAUGACGAUGAUGAUGCAGAUGAUGAUGGCGAUGAAGAUGGUCAAGACGAAACUAAUAGACGUCGUCGCUCUAAUAACAAGCUUGCUCGGCCUAAAACACAUUUGAGAGUUCGUCGGCAAGCUGAUGGCUUAAACAGGAGCCGAUUUCGGUUUCGACGUCCAAGUACUGCAUCACCGCCAGUAGCAGACGAGCAGACGAUUGCAAACACUGAUGACCUUAGUGAAAGUACUGUAAAUCCACGAGCUAAAGCGCGCUUUGGAUCGAGAUACCAGGCAGCCCGGGGUCAAGGUCAAAGUCAACAUUUACAUGGACAGACAACAGCGCCAAGUCCAACGACCACAACAAAUCUUCGAUCUAUCCGUCCCACAAGACCUAUUUCUUCUCGCACCCAAUUUACAUUACGAGAGAAGGACAACUCGUCUAAGGGAUCUAUACGUCCAGGUUCAAAUUUUCGGCGACAGCAGCCUUCGGUAAGUUCUUCCAUUAGACGGAAAACUGGAUCCAGCACAGUUGGCUCUACCAGCCGUCGGUUAAAAAGCUAUAACAGCAAUAGUGGGAACAACAAUGUCGAAAGUUCCGGUUCUCGUUCAGCGGCUUCUCGCGGACGAAAUGGCAACACAAAUGCUUCCUCUAGAAGUCGGGUACGAUCCCGAAAUCGGAAUGAAUAUAUCUCAGAUCAGGAGCCUACAGAGCUAGGAACUCAGACUAUUACAGUGACACACCUUAUACCUGCCGAAGUUACUGUACCCGUUAUUAACGGCCAAGUAACGGAGUAUAAAAAUAUCGUUACUGCGAAAACAAGCACCGAAGUUCUGGGGCCACAUCAAUACUCUCAAAUUGUUGGCACCAAUGGACAGACAUCUGUAUUUUUAACAAGAGAGGACUCGAGUGUGAACAUUGCUGGAGCCACUGAGCUUACACGUUACCUGUUACAUGAUUCGUUGACAACGACAAUAACAUUUACCCCAACGACAAUUCGUGGCCGUAAGACAUCUUUCUCUCACGUGCUUCCAUCCACAGUAUAUUCUGUGGAGGCUUUGAUAUCUACAGUACAGCCUCAAAUAUCGGCAAACGCCCCGCUGGCCAAUAUUUUACUUUCACAAUUAUUAUUGGGUAACCUUAAUCUGCCAUCAAAUCCAUUAAUUGGCGCCCUUGGACAGCAGCUACCGGAUACGAUGCCAGCCGUAUCUCCCACCCCGCUACAGCCAGUCACAGAAUUCCGCACCCAUACGUCCACAUUUGUGACAACCAUAUUUGACGGCAAGUCUACAAUAGUGCCAGUCACGUUUCAAGGCAAAAAGAUCCUUACAACUGUCUACGAUAGCUCCUGGCAGACAAUAACCGCCACUGAAUACAGUGUAGAUACUAUAGUUAACACUCCGACGCAGCAGCAACCGCAGCAUGCACAGUCAAUUGGCCAGGUGGCACAGGUGAACAGUUUGCUCCUACAGCAGUUACUUUUACAACAGCAACAGCCGCAGCAACCGCAACUUCAGACAAUUUCCCAUACGACGUCGCCACAAAUAUUUUUGAGUGACAACCUCCAGGACUUAGAUGAAGCUUCGCGCUCAGGAGUGGAAAUCGGAGGCCGCGAUAGCAUUGACGACAUAAUAGUACCUGUUGAGAACGAAAACGAUGGGGAAGUACAACACAAAGGUAAUCGCAAAAAAACACGCAAAUCUAGCAAAGGUCACAAACGAAACAAGCAGCAGUUAAAUCUCCCGCAAGAUGAAAGCAGCGUUGUUACGCUUUAUGUGUCCGGUCGCAGGCCUGGGGAAUUUAGUACUAUACUGUCCACGGUUCAAAACGGGUACGACCAUUCAGUGUCCUUGCAGAAAAGGCAAGCGCAUGCUAAUAUUAAAACAACUGUUGCUUUUGAUGGGCUUGACGAUCAAUACGAAUCGGAAGGAAGCGAAACUGUUCAAUUGUAUGUACCUCUCAAGAUCGAAGCUGACACAGAAUCAGAGAGUGAUCAUCUCCACCUGCAACUUGUCGAAAAUUCACUUGCCUCAGAUGUGAGAAUGGCAAUAAUGCACGAGCCCACCGUUCAAACAGCAUCAUUGGAAAGCAUUGUUGGUGACGUAGGUCUUUGGUAUGCCAAAUCAACGUCUCAGGCAUCACUCGCAGCGUCAUCGACGACCACUGAUAGUUCAAAAGGGACGGAUGCGACGAAUACCCUACAUUUUUUAGCAUAAAUGACCUCACUGAGUUGUCCCCACUACAGUUGCAGGUCAAUAAAGUCUGUGAGCUUCCGAACUGCCCACUCGACGUCAAACCCGUUGCCCUAGAAAAAGUAAGCAAACCAAAUCAAAGAAUGAAACGUGAGACCCGUCUCAUCUUGGCCAACAGCAUCACUAAAUUCAACGCGACAGAUCCAGAUCCAGACCCAGAUUCAUUACACAAGCGUCGGUUUCGAAAGGUACUCGUACGGCGCCAACCUAAGCUACAAUAUGCCGUACCACUAGUCAAUGAAAAAAAUCAAGGAACCCACGGCAGUCUUCUCAAUGUGCAGAUUAAACAGCCAAAGAAACAUCGUGUUGUAAUAUUCAAACAUAAAGUUUCAAACAAUACCUUCGUCGAUACCAAUAGCCCGAGCCAAAACAGUUCAGCUGAAAGUUUCAAAUUUGCUAAAACGAAUCAUAAGCAAUCGCUACAACCAACAUCCCAGUCGGUAUUGAAAAAUACUACUUCGCCGGUUUCAGACGUUUUAACUAAAAGUAGUCACAACACGCUUUCAAAUAAACGUAGAAGGCGAAAAAAGAAACAAUCUCGCAUUCAAUCGAGUAAAUCAAGGACAUCGUCAAAUUGUACAGACUGCAUUAACCCAGACACUAAGCCUCUGACCGUGUUCAAGGUAACCACAUCGACUACUGAAUUGUACACAAGAACCUAUUCAUACAUAGUUGAUCGCGUACACAAUGACGAGCACGAAGUCCAAUCCCAAACAACAUUUAUCCGGGUGACUACCCGCACAUUGCCGGUCACACUGACCAUCACGUCAAGCCAUUUAACUAUAGAUUCAGUUAUGCCCACGUCAACUAUGCAUACGAGUUACCCGCACACUCAAACUCUGCAUCACCACUCUAUGUUUUCUUCACAAUAGUUAAAACGCACAAUUUUAAGAAACAAAAAAAAAAAGUUUUAA